AUGGAUGAGUUGGUGAAGGAAAGAGCGAGUGAGGCAAGAACCACCACCACCACCACUACCUCAACCAGCACCUCCACUGCCUCCACCCUUUCCUUCGCUCCUAGCGCCGCAUUCGCAUUCGCCUUCGUCGCCGCCGCCGCCGCCGCUACCGCUACCACCAGCUCUUCCGUUACUCCGCCCUCCUCAAGACCACCGCAACCCAAGGCCUCCCGUGGUAUUGUGGGUAUCACCCGCACUAUCCACCUGAAAUCUCGCAAGUUGCAAGUCCCCUGUGGUGCUGCCGAAGACUCUUCCUCGUCCGACCGUACCGUAUUCCGUGUCGUUCUCCAGCUCCUCGAUCGGAACGCCGCUCUCUCCAAGUCGCCUGGCUAG